AUGAACCUCUCCAUGUUAAAAUGUGACGUCUGAGGAGAAAAACCAUCAGUUUCGACAUAUUCUGAAUAAACAGAAGAUCCGAAUCUCAGGAAGCAGGAAAACAUGGGGUUUGCUACACACACAGUGUGUGUGCUCCUGUGUUUUUUGGUCUCAGGAUCAUGCUACACACUCCAGACCGUGGGCCAAUGUACGGUCAACAGAGAGAUGGCUUCAUUUGACUGCAGUGGGAAAAGACUUACAUCGGUACCAAAGCACAUCUGGAUGAACGUAACCGAACUGGACCUGUCUGAAAAUCUGUUAGACUUCACCCACACUGACAGCUUCAAGCGCCUGAACCUCUUCAGCCAUUUAGUCUCACUGAACCUAUCAGGCAACUACCUCCCCCUACUGUUAAAAGACCAUCUCUACAGCCUUUCUUCUCUUAAAGUACUUGACCUAAGUAGGUGUAAACUGGCCGCAGUGGAGGCAAACGCUCUGACCAGCCUUUCCAGUUUACAGAUGCUCUUCCUGGGGGACAUUCAGUCGAUUGCAGUUAAAGACCUGAGAUUGAGUCAGUUUGUGGAACUUAGAGGAGAACAGAGUAACAGACAGAAAGUGGGAGACAGAGUAAUGAUGACCAGAGCAGCAAAACGCAUGGCACACGAUGACCACAGUGAUGGAUAUUCUAAGGAUGUCAACCAUGGAGCCUUCCUUCGUAAACUAUUCACAGUGGAACCUACAAACAAUACAAUUAAUGGCAUAGAACCAGAUGAUGAUAACAAAACGUCUUCAGAAAGCUGGAAGGUCCUUGUGGCUGUUCUGGGGUCAGCUCUCACCCUCUCUGUCCUUAUCGCUUUGAUGGCCAAAUACAAAGUCGUGCACGAGUAUCUGGCGAGCUACAGACACUCCAGGCUCAGUGAAGUAGAUGCCACGAGUCAGUGUGACCCUGCAAACUUUGAGGUGGGAUUCUCGACCCAGGGUGGCCCUGGGACUCGUGCAGCUGCACCUACCAGUGGCAUUGAGGAGGAUGACGAUGGGUUUAUUGAAGAUAACUAUAUUCAAGCGAGUGAGAGUGAAAGAGCCACAAGAGCAGCAGUGAUGACUGAUGAUGAUGACGAGGAGGAAGAGAUUGAAUUUAGUAUUGGCUAGCACUAUUAAGUCUAAUGUUGUUAAAUCUUAUUUAUAAUAACUUGCAUUAAGUAGUCAUUAACAAACAUUCAAUACUCCAUAAUCAGCUAUCAAACUAUUCAUUGAUUAAUUCAUUGAAAAAAAAAAAAGAAUAUAAUGUGGCCCUAUUAAGGAAUUUGAACACUUAAGCCAAAAACAAAACAAAACUGUAAUAUUGUGAAUGAAAAAUGUAUAUAUUUUGGCAUAGAUGUCCAAAUAGUUUCCACUUUUUUGAAAGCAUCUGAAAAUAUAUGAAUCAAAGUUGAAUGACAUUUGAAUGUACAGU